CCCACGACCGCCCAUCAAGCAAGCAACUGACUACUCACACGCACACGGCACAAUGGCAGACCCCAACCUCGCCGUGCUCAUCUUCCUCCUCGUGCUGCUCACGCAAGUGGUCGCCUGGAUCGGCAAGAGCGUCCUCCAGGACGUCGCGUCGGCGGCGUACACGCGCGCCUUCCUCGGCAACGUGGCCAAGGAGCAGCGCAAGCUCCGCAAGCAGGUGCUCGACGACAAGGCCGAGCUCGGGCGCACGAGCUCCCAGGACGAGUUUGCAAAGUGGGCCAAGCUGCGCAGGAAGGUGGACAAGGGACUGGCCGAUUUGGAGAAGUCGAACGCCAAGCUCGCCGCCGCCCGCUCAACCUUCACAUCCCGCUUCUCGACGCUCAUCUGGCUGAGCACCACCGGCGCCCAGUUCGCCCUCAUGUGGUGGUACCGCGCGCAGCCCGUCUUCUGGCUGCCUGAAGGCUGGGUCCCAGGACCAGUGGGAUGGCUGCUGCGCUUCCCGAGCGCGCCUCGGGGCUCGAUCUCUGCCGGCGCAUGGAGCACCGUGUGCAAGCGCGUGCUCGUCACUGGCGAGGAGCUGGUCAAGGGCUACCUUGCGCCUGCCGCCGUCGCGCCCGAACCCGUCGCUGUGCCCGUCGCUUCGCAGCCUCCGCCCAGCGCCAAGAUUGAGGAGAUUGAGCACGAGAAGCUCGACUAGAAGCACCCAUGAUCGACAAGGCAAGCCAGGAUCGACGCCCGCCCCCGCCCCCGCCCCCGCC